GUUUACCAGAACCAGCUGACCUGGCUGCAACCGUGUGAUUGGCUAGAGACACAGCACACCUCCCUCCUCCUCUGUACCAGCCUCCUAUACGCCCAAUUUCCAUUCAUUGCACAUGCAGCAGCCUCUGCAUAUGGGGACACCAUGGCAGAGAGAGAGCUCUCAAAACACAGGGACGUUCUGUGUCUGUUUGAUGUGGAUGGGACCUUAACCCCGGCACGUCAGAAGGUAGAUCCAGAGGUGGACAAGUUUCUGCAAGAUCUGCGACAGAGGGUGAAGAUUGGAGUUGUCGGUGGCUCUGAUUACUCAAAGAUUGCAGAACAGCUUGGAGAAGGUGAUCAGGUGGUUCAAAAGUUUGAUUAUGUGUUUGCCGAGAAUGGAACGGUUCAGUACAAGGAUGGCAAGCUUCUUUCAAGAGAGGCUAUACAAAAUCACCUUGGGGAAGAGCUUCUUCAAGAUCUUAUUAACUUCUGCCUCAUAUACAUAGCGCUGCUUAAACUACCCAAAAAACGAGGCACCUUCAUUGAAUUUCGCAAUGGAACGUUAAAUAUCUCUCCCAUCGGGCGCAGCUGCAAUCAAGAAGAAAGGAUUGAAUUCUCUGAACUAGAUAAAAAGGAGAAAAUAAGAGAAAAGUUUGUGGCAGCUUUACAGAGAGAAUUUGCAGGGAAAGGUUUACGAUUUACCAAAGGCGGGAUGAUCAGUUUUGACAUUUUCCCAGAAGGAUGGGACAAGCGUUACUGUCUAGAUGUUCUGGCUGAGGAGAAGUUUCGUAGCAUUCACUUCUUUGGCAAUGAAACAUCACCGGGUGGAAAUGACUACGAGAUCUACGCUGACCCCCGAACUAUAGGACACACUGUGGAAUCACCGGAGGACACGGUACGGAGGUGCAAAGAAAUCUUCUUCUCUGAAAGAGACAAUGAAAUGUGAUAUUGACUUCAGGUUGUGAUUUCCUCUGAUAUGCAACUAUGGAGCAGCUAAUAAGCCCUCCUGCUUCAAAACAUUACCCUACAUGAAUUGAAAGUUCCAAUUAACAUCUUCUGCAUUCAGUGGGGAAAGCUGGUCACUCCUUGGUGCAUUUGGAAUACCAUCUUCAUGAACUAACUUUAGAUUUAUUUUUUUUGGUGUUUGCAUUUUGUGACACUGGAUGCAUCAUUACCCACAAGGUUACAACCGUGGAAUCAAGCGAGACUGAAUCUAGUCUAUAGUCCUGAGCUUGCAGGAUUUAAUGGAAUUGAAUGAACAGAUUAUAUGUGUGUUGUUAUAUGUGUGUGAAUCCAAUUUAUCCAAACCUGCUGUCUUGUAACUGAUAUGUGAUUUAGUUUGUAUGCUAUGACUUUUUUGCUACUGAAAUAAUGAUACACUAGUUGG